UCCAUCAUGGGUUGCGGCUUGUCAACAAGGCUGAAUCCAGAAGACGCCGCAACCCUUAGCCAUGGACGCAUGAUGAGUAGUAGUGAUGGCCACAUUACAGACAUAAAUUCGCCGGCCACCAGCAAGCAUCACGACCGUGGCGGCGACGACAGUGUCCUGUCUUUCGCCCAAUGGAGCCAGAAAAGCGGGUCGUCGACGCAGGGGAAGGACGCGAAGCAGGUGGGUGAAGGAGGAGAGAAGGAGGGAGAAAAGGAGGAAGAGGAUUAUCAAAGUGAAGUCCUCAUUUUUCCAAGGUCCCCAAGUUUCAGGGUGUACUGCAUUGCCUCCUCUAACUCCAGCAGGAGUCACAGUUUUAUUAGUGACAACGACUCUGCCUCCAGCGUCAAGAAUAACGGCGAUGAGGAUUCAACGAAUAAGCCAACCGAGGAAAAGAAGGAACGAAAGAAGAAAGAAAGAAGAACACGAGGACUUAGAAGUGCUCUGCAAAAGGGAAUGCCCAGAAGGAAGAAGAAUCUUCUAAGUUUUGGUUGCUACACUAGCCAUGCAUCCUACGAUGAAAAGCCCUUAUAA